AUGAGUCAUCGCAAUAAACAAGAGUUAGAAAUCAAAGAAAAGCAGCAUUUUGGUUAUUUAGAAGGUCUUGCCAACACUUGGCAAAAAUACUCCGAAGCAAAAAAAGAAAGAUUAAAAAAAGAAGAGGAACAAAGAAUUAAGCAAGAGAAGCAACAAACUCAGGAGGAAGAAACAAAAAAGAAAAAUCAAGAAGAGGAAAUUCAGCAAAAAGAACAAGAAUUUAAAAACCGAGUUGAAGAAGAAGGAAAAAGGCAAGAAUCAAGCCCAAAAAUCAAUAAAGAAACUAAAGAUUUAAAAGAUAAAACUAGUUUAGACAAUAAUCUUCAAGAUGCUAAAACUGAACUACAAACUAUUCAAAGCAAGGCAACGCCUUAUCAACACCAAAUUGCUCUAAUAAUUUCAAGAGGAGAAACCACAAAAGAAAAGUUGGAGGGCUUGGAAAAACAUGAGUUAGAAAAUUGUAAAAAAGCGCUGGAAGAAUUAAAAGAAAUUAUUCAUUUAUUUGACUCGGAAAGACAUUUGCUUAAAGAAAUUAACAAUAAAUUAAAAGUUCUUAAUUUAGAAGAAGAAAUAAAACAAUUAAAAAGCAGCAAAAUUAAAAACCCUCAGCAACAAGAAGAAAUUCAAAAGAAGAUUGAAGAGAAGGAAAAAGAGUUAGAAGAGAUUAGAAAACGGUUUAAAAGCGAAGAAAAUAAACAGUUCGAAAUUUCUCCUCAAAUUUUCUCUAAAUUCUCCUCUCUUUCCAACUUUGACACUAAAGAGAAUGUAGAAAACUUAAUUAAUCCAAUUAAAGAUAAUCCUGAAUUUUUACAAGAAAUUCAAACUAAAUAUCAGAUUGAAGACUUAGACACUUUUAUUACUACUAAAUCUCCCGAAGAAAUAAUUAAAAUUAUUAAACGUUUUGAGUUUGAUAAUUUAAGUUCUAGUGAUAAAGAAGAUAAAAUUAAAAAAAUGAAAGCCUAUUACCAACAAUUAAAUGAACUGGCAAAGAAUGGGAAGUUAACCGAAGAACAAAUUGAUAAGUAUUUAUAUAAAGAAGCAACUAAAGAACUUGAAAGUGAAAGAAACUCAAUUACUAAUCAAGACGAACAAAAAGCAAACGACAGUAAAAAUAACAUGAAUAAAAAAGAAAAAAUUGAGGACUUAUUAAAGCAAGUUGAGCAAAAAAAGGUUCUUCGUAGCCAGUAUAUCGAAAAAGAAAAGAAGUUAACUGAUGAAAUUAAUAAAUUACUUAAAGAUGCUGAAGCGCUAGUUGAGGAACUAAAAAAAGAAAAAGUUGGAUAA